AUGACGUCAUAUUAAAGCUAGGGUAGUGACCGUAAAGGAACCUGAGCGGCUUUCAGUGACUGAGGCAGCAGGCAGCAAGACUCACUGUCCAAGAGCUCAUUGAUCUGUUCACUGGACAUUAAUGGGUUAACAACAGUCACUUACUAAUUUUGCAAAUAAUUACUGAGACAAGUACAAUUACAUAACAAACGAACAAAGGUCAUAAAAAGCCAGUUUGGGGAGUGAAAACUUCUUGAGAAUGUAAAACUUCUCUGUUCAGGGGUGUAAUGCAGAAGAACCUGUAGUGAGACAGAUAACGACACACAGCAGGGACCAGCCCAAGAGCUGAAACAUCCAGAAGGGUUCAACACCAACCUCCAUCUGCAAAGCUUUAUCUCCCUGCUGCUCCAGCCAACCUCCAGACGAGUUUUAAGUAUGACAAACGUCAAAGCAGCAACCUUUUUCUUGCUGACAGCAGCUCUUGGUCUGUUGAUCCUCCAUCUCUGUAAAAGUUUUCUUGACCAUGAAAUGAUCCACCUGCACUAUGUAAAUGUGAGAGACGGUGAUGGUCCAACAAGAGAGCACGUCAAAAACAACUCCUAUGUAUUCUCCUGGCCAAGAUGUCAACAAAAUAUGUCUGCUGCCAACAUAACAGGCUUCAGCUCUCUUCCUGAUUACAUUAAAGACUUUCUCUACCAUCAGCACUGUCGCCAUUUCCCCGUUCGACUGGACAUUCCUGACAAAUGUGGAGGAGCUGAUAAAUCAGCAGAUGUCUUCCUUCUGCUGGUCAUUAAAAGUUCCCCCAGGAACUACGACCGUCGAGAGGUGCUGCGGAAAACCUGGGCCAAAGAGAGGUUACAAAACGGUAUGUGGAUCCGAAGGAUUUUCAUCUCAGGAACAACAGAUUCUGGUUUUGAGAAAAAGAGGCUGAACGAACUCCUCAAGCUGGAGCACCGUGAGCACAAUGACAUCCUCCAGUGGGACUUUAAUGACACGUUCUACAACCUCACCUUGAAGCAGAUACUCUUCCUGGAAUGGAUGGAAAGAAACUGUCCCAACGCUCGAUUCCUGAUGAAUGGUGACGAUGAUGUCUUUGCUAACACAGACAACAUGGUCGAGUAUCUCCAAGGCCUCAAGGAUAAUAAUGGAAGCAAACACCUCUUUACUGGCCAUCUCAUCCAGAAUGUGGGGCCCAUCAGAUCAUCAGGGAGCAAGUAUUUUAUCCCAGUUCAGAUACAGGAGUCAGAAUCAUAUCCCCCCUACUGUGGUGGUGGGGGCUUCCUGUUGUCUGGCUAUACAGCUUCGGUCAUAUACAGUAUGUCUCAUUCCAUUACCAUUCUUCCCAUUGAUGAUGUUUACAUGGGGAUGUGUCUGGCCAAAGCCGGACUUGGUCCUGAAUCCCAUAUGGGUGUGAAGACAGCAGGAUUGUACAUUCCCUCCAGGAAACAUGAUGAAUAUGACCCUUGCUUUUAUAAAGAAGUUAUACUGGUACACAGAUUCCUUUCAGCUAACAUGUUUCUUAUGUGGCAGAGAAUACACGACCCUGAUCUCAAAUGUGGUUCCAAAACUGUGACUCACAGGUGAUGACAGAGCUUGUUGACACUUUGGUUCCUGCUUCCUUAGGUUGUGAGUACACGUUUUUCUACCACUGUUCAGCUGUUCAACUUGUUUUAUUCCUAAAGUCAUCAAUGUGUGCCAGCAACCAGACAGACACAGAAUGGUCUUGGAAGUAGGUAGUGCUGACAAACAUUACUUUUGUAUAUAUUGCAAAACUUGCUUUGCCGAUGUAUUUGUUUUUUUAUGGCUAAUGUGUUGAUGUGCCUGCUUAUCCAUUUGGCAGACAUGGAGCAUUAUUAUCGUAUCACUGGCCCCUGACGAAAUGUAUGUCCAAUAUUUACUGGCCCUCAACUGCUGGGAAAAAAAUAAAUGUUGUCUUCGCCAAAUGCUAUACUUUUAUUUAUCAGUUCAUCUGAUAUUUGUUGCUGUGCAGUUGGUUUGUUGGAGCUUGAUUGCUAAAAAAAGCUACUUACUGUAGUUUCCGGUAUAUAUGUUUUUGCAUUUGACCUCAAAUUAAAGACACUGAACUGGAAGCUGAUGGUGCAAUUUUUGUUCUAUUUAUUUUCUCACACUGAUGGACUUUUAUAUUUUAUCUUAUUUUAUGUAGUGUAUUGACUGUUUUCUGUCUACCUGCCCAGGGAUAACAGAUGUGAAAUAGCUGUUAGUUAACUCUGGUGCAAUUA